AUGAGCCGUGCCUAUAUUACAAGGGGUAAUAUUGACAGCAAUAGAAGUUACGACCCGUCCUAUGAAAAAUAUUUUGUAAACUCUCCAGAUGAUUUAAAAGUGGCAGUAACUGUUAUUAAUGUGAAAAAGGUUUUCAAGAACGCCCGCAAAAAUAUCGUUGCCUUAGACAAAGUUUCCAUAAGAUUUUACAAAGGCGAGAUCACUGUACUUAUAGGACACAAUGGAGCAGGAAAAACAACUCUUUUAUCUAUUAUUGCAGGAAUGUUAAAGCAAUCUUCUGGCAAAGUCUACGUCGAAGGUUUUGACACAGUUUUACAACAGGCAAAGUUAAGAAGAAGAAUUGGACUGUGCCCUCAACAUAACCUCCUUAUAAAUGAUUUGACAGUACAAGAACAUUUGAUGUUCUUCUCUAUGAUCAGAGGUAAUAAUUUAAAAAAAGCAAAAAAAUCAGCUCAAAAACUAAUGAAUCAGUUGAACUUAUCUAAAGAGGCGUCAUUGACUACGUCUAAGUUGCCUCAAGCCACAUUGCGGCGGUUGCAAAUUGGCUGCGCGCUUUGCGGGAAUCCAAGUGUACUGCUGCUGGACGAUCCUACAUCCGGGCUUGAUGUGAAACACCGAAGGGAAAUCUGGGAUAUGCUGCUCGUAAGUACAAUGUUUUUAAUUUUUAGUAUGGAAAAUUUAACUAAGUGA